AUGGGCCGUGAAACGAGGAGGAACAGAGAGGAGAGCGGUAGGUCGGACAGCCACAGAGAGCGGGAGAGUGACCGCAGAAGAGACGAGAAAGAGCGACACGAGAAUGGCGAGACCCAGACAGAAGCAAGAACUGAGUGUGGAAAGCAACAAGAGGUUCUUUCGCCAGGAGAGGCGUUGGCCGCGGUUGAGAGGCUUCAAGCGGAGAAGAAGAAAGAGCACGAGCUUCGAAGAGAGAAGCGGCGGGAAGACGAGCAACGCCAGGCAGAUGCGGAACAGGAGAAGCUUGCAGCGGAGAUCUCUCGGCGACGAGAAGAAAGAGAUCACCAGGAGUCGCUGCAGAGAGCGGGUCAGCUCCUGGCCUUGGCCGCGCAUGCAGCGUCGUUGCCUGUGAACGGUGCCGCCCCGUCCAUGCUCGGCACGUCUCUUCCUUCUUUCCCUGCCUUCCCUCCCUUGAACCCUGCGCCUCGCUCCGCGGGAGGGGACGUAGUCUCUGUCCCUCAAGGUCACUUGUUUCGCCCCGCGUUUUCUCAGCCCGCCCGCCGAGGCGACGAAGGCUACGAAGGAGACGACCUUCGAUUCCACGAAGACGGCGAGCGCGGAAGGCACCGAGCGGCAGAGAGGGAGAGAGAGGAGGGGGACAGCGCUGCGCUUUGGCGCGGAGACGUGUGGAAGCGCGCAGUGUCUCCCAGUCGCGAAGACCUCCAAGGCGCGAGGGACCGGAGUUCGACGUUUGAAAGGAGAGCUCCCGUGUGCAAAGCGGAACAGGACGCGCUGCAGUUUGAUUCGAGGCUCGCGAGAGACGCAGGCAGCAGCGGCGGUCGGACGGAGGAAAGAAACGCUCAUGUCAGAGACGAUUUCCAGAGGGAGAGAGGCAGAAGAGAUUGGAGACGAAGGGAUGAAGCCAGGGGAGAUGACAGAAGAGGUGACGGAAGAGAUGAAGACCGAGGAGAAGUAUUCCGACAAAGAGAAGACAGAGAGGGAGACGGUGAGCGACGGCGCGGGGACUUCGCGUCGGGCCCAAAUCAUGAUGGGCGGCCACAGAAGCUGGAGAGAGACAGUUUCAACGAGGGAAGGCGAGAGGAAAGAGACGUUUUCGGUGGUCGAGGCAGGGAGCGUGAAGGUCGCCUCGCAGGGACGUUUCCGGGGAUGCUUCCCUUCGGUCCGAACUUCGACAAGGAAGAAUGGAAGCGGCUUCUCGACUGGCAGUCGUGGCGACGCGACGCUCGGAAAAAGCGGGACUUCAACCCCGACAGUAUCUGGACAGAUCAACGAGACCUCUCUCCCACCAGAUGGAAAACAACCCCUUCAUCAUCUUCAUCCUCUUCUUCUUCCUCUUCUUCUUCCUCUUCUUCUUCCUCUUCUUCUUCAGGUGUCGCAGGGACGGUGGAGAAGGUGGGAGGGGUGAGUGCAAAGGACUCUGAGGAAGAGCGAGCGCGCGAACGCGAUGCUAAGCGUCACGCGUGCAUGACGGAAGAGGAGAAGAAGACGGAGGCAGAAUGGCGGAAGAAGAUUCAGGCUCUGGAGAAGAAGGCGACGGGGAGGCGGCGCGAAGACAGCAGCGAGGAGGAGCCGCGGAAGAAGGACGGGAAGAAGCGGAAGGGGAAGCGCGACAGCGGAGACAGCUCAGACGAGCACUCUUCGGACGACGAAGUCAAGGUCCCGGCUGCGCGCGUCCCGGGGAUUGACGGCUCGGUGCUAGAAAAGCGACUAGCCGAGAAGGACAAAGCACGGGAACAAAAGAUGCAAAAGUUGCAGGAAAAAGAAGAGAAAAAACGACGCAAGCUCAUGAAAGAAACCAAGGAACUUGAAGAACUCGAACUCGAAGAGGCGUGGAAGAAGGUCGGCCCAAAAGACUUCAUCAAGAGUGCGUCUUUCAAGGGGCCCCGUCCGGGCUUCGUCUAUAAGACGGGUGAAGCAGGGACGGGGUACUACAAGGACAAGAUUUCGAUUCUGAAGCUCGUGCGAGAUGGAGUCAUCGCCGUCAGCGGCACGCAACUCGUCCUCGCGUUGAAGAGGGAGAAAGGCGGCAGCUCCAGCGAAGACGAAAAGAGCAAGAAGAGGGGCAAGAAGGGGAAGAAGGGAAAGAAGAAGAAGAGCAAGAAGAAGAACGGAAAGAAGAGAAAGAAGCAUGCGUCCAGUGACUCGGAUUCGGAGGAAAGCGAUUCGAGCGACUCCAGCGGGAGUGACAGCGACAGCAGCCGAGACACGAAGAAAAAGAAGAAGAAAAACGAGGCGGCGGAGGCUCUCGCAGAAGCCGCCUUCGGCGACGUCUCCGACGAAGAGGAAGACGACAGCUUCGGGCCAAGCCCUCUCGGCGUCAACAGCAAACUGGCUGCUAGGAAUGUCGAUUAUGGUGGGGCGUUGCGCCCGGGAGAAGGUGCGGCCAUUGCGCAGUACGUGCAAGAAGGGAAACGUAUUCCUCGUCGUGGUGAGGUCGGGUUGACUGCAGACGAAAUCCAGGCCUUUGAAGAUCUCGGAUACGUCAUGAGUGGUUCCAGACAUCGCCGCAUGAACGCUAUCCGUAUUCGAAAAGAAAACCAAGUUUACAGCGCCGAGGAGCAAAGAGCUCUCGCCAUGUUCAACUACGAAGAGAAGGCAAAUCGCGAAGCGCAACUCAUCAACGACCUACGCGACAUGCUCAAGAAGCAAAACGAGACUCUUGCGGUCGAAGAGAUGGAGGAGAAGUUCGGGAAGAAGGACUGA